ACUUACCACUUGUUGUUGCUUGCUCUCUCUGCUGUGAAUGUCGUGCGGUGGUUUGUGCCCUGAACCACUAGCGGUUUACAGUAGAAUUUUUAAAAAAACUUUUACCUCAAAAUCAUAUCAGGACAGUGUGAGUUCCACGGGGAGUUAAUUAUUUGGACAGUUGUGCGGAUACAUUCUAAGGACUGAAUUGACUUAAUCAAUCUGAAUAUCCAGUUUGUCGCCAGCUGAUCGUAUGAGCCGCUGACCCAGUUCGAGAGAGCCAAGCACACCAGUCUUAAUAAAAUAUUCUGGGUCAGUGUGAACUUGUGAUAUAUCAUGGAUCAUUUAGCUGAAGAUUAUAUAAAUGAUUUUGACUUGGAACAUUUAGAAUUCCCUGUUAGUGUUAAACGAGAGGCGGAAAAAGAGAAGCGCUGUUGUAGUAUCAAAGAAGAACCAGACUUGACAGAUUGCAGUGUGCCUCCCUCCCCUCAUAUGACUGACAGCGGAGUUUCCAGCCCCGCGGAUUUAAUGGAACAGAAAUCACUUCUCGAAGAUCUCCAAUGGCUUCAGUGGAGCUCUGGGUUGCAGCUAGAUUCCUUAUGUGCAGCGGAAAGUUUGGGACUACCGGCUGACACCUCAAUCGAGCAAAUUGAAGAAUACCUCAAAUCACCGCCUGUUAAAGACCUGCCGGCUGCUAAACCUAAGGAGGCUCAAAAUGGCGUCGAUAAACGGCAAAACGAGGAUAAAAAACCUAAAAAGGCAGAAUCCACGAGUCGUUCAACUAUGAAAUCUGAACGCAAGAAGCAAGUUACCAUUACUAGUUUACCAGUGGAAAGAGAAAAAUCAAGUACUCCGUUGGAUGACGACGAAUUGGUGCUAUUACCAGUGCGCGAAUUAAAUCGCCGUCUGCAAGGACUUUCCAAGGAAGAAACAUUACGUCUUAAACAGAAAAGACGCACGUUAAAAAACCGAGGUUAUGCCCAAAAUUGUCGCUCAAAGAGAAUGCAGCAAAGAUUUUCACUAGAACACACGAAUAGUUCUCUGCAUAAUCAAAUAUCACAAUUACAGAGGCAAGUGAAUGUAUUAACUCGAGAACGUGAUGUGUACAAGCGGCGAUAUGAAUCUCUCAGGGCCAGCAGUACUACUGGCAGUAGACAUUCAGUAACCGGGUCGGCUGGGAUGAGCGAUGGCUCAGUUUCUAGUUACCCGAGUUCUCCCGAUGACGACAGCGUCUUUGACUUUUAAAAAAACAUCUACAUGUACUAAUGAACUAGACACGUGUCCAGGUUUUGCAUUAUAUCACAAAACAGUUUCUUUUGAAAAAUGAAACUCUUCCGAAGUCUCUAUAAAUUCUGUGUUAUUCUUCUAUUGAUUCCAUUUAAUGGAUAAAUAUGUUAUAAUAUAAACUUUGUGUUCAUGUGUUACAAACCUGUCUGUGUUAUUUUCUGUUCGGAUAUUCACUGGUUUUUAUAUAAGGUUCAUACAGUGUACCCAUAGUGUAAUAUUCAAUGGUUAAUUGUUUUUGAAUUGUGGACUAUUAUCUCAACUAAUUGUUUUGGUUAUAAAUAUAUUUAAAAGUUGUUAUGGAAGUUGUGUAUAUGUUAUCAAUAUUGUCAUAUUCAUCUUUUAGACAACUGUUUUCCUUUUGAAUGGUAUAAAGUGAAAAUGUGUUCAUUAUAUCACAAAAUUGUAUAUAGGUUUUUAGCAAAAAUGUUUAAAAAAAUUUUAAGAUAAUUUUUAAAAAGUCAUUAAAAAGUGCUGUUUAUUUUGUGUAUAAAUCUGUAAAGUCUAAAUUUUAUAAACCGUUAUUUUUACUGUAAUUAUAUGUAAAGUUAAACCAGACUUAAUUAAGAAUCCUUAAUUGUAUGUUAACUAUCUUGUCUUCUUGUUAGAUUAUAUUCAUUUGUUAAAGUUUUCCUUUCCUCCUAGAAAAAAAUUAUUUUAUUAGCAUGAAAUGGUCAAUGUACUACAGCUAACAUAUACAAAAACAGAAAAUAGAAAUAUAUUUUAAUACAUAUGUAAAGUUGUUUCCAAGUUGUUAUGGACUUGAGUUUUUGAUUAAGUUACAUGUAGUUUUCAUGACAAUUAGUGUAAAGUUAGCUAUAUAUAUUAUUGAAUAGGGCAUUCACAGUACUUCAGUAUGAACUAGCAUUCUGGGCAUAAACACUCACAUAGAAAUGUCCUACUUAGAACUUACUGUAGACUGCUACAUGUAUAAUGCUUAGAGCACGGCCUAAAUAUCAGCCAAGUCUCCACUAGUUGCCUAAUGACUUCACCAUUCAUUUCGUGAUGUACUAUGUGCCUCUCUCUCUCUCUCUCUCUCUCUUUGCAACUUAACUUUGUAGACCUUUAGUUAACCAUAUGGAGCCAAUUUGUAUUUUAAAUUCCAUCACCAAUGAAACCCUAUAAUUCCCAAUCUGAUUAAAAUACAGAUCUAUAUUUCGUUUCGUUUUUUUAUACUUUUGAUGGCCUACACUACAAGACAAGUAAAACGAAAUUUUGAACUAUAAAAACGAAACGAAAUAGGAUCUGUGUUUUAACCAGAUUGUAUAAUUCCUAAAUCAAUCACAGAUCAUUUAAUAGGAAAUAUUAAGAAUACUGUUCAAUUAAGGCAGUUUAAGUACAUCUGAUAUUUAACUAAUAUCGUUAACAUUUGAAAGUUUUACACCCAUGAACUGAGUUACAGCUGUUAGUAUUUUACCAAUCACUGUUUAUAGAAAUCUUUAAAGAUUGACCUCUGCUAACCUUCAGGAAUAAAAGUUUUUAAUCCCAUUGUUAAUUAAUACAACAUCAUCAGAAAUAAUCAGAAGUCCUGCCCAUUUUAAUAUCUUUAAGUUCUCUCUUUCAGCAAGUUGUUAAAAGUUAUUUAUACUCCCGAGUAAAUAAAGUGCCAUUUAAUAUAUUCUGUAUGAGAUAAUGGGAUAUUAUAUAGUGCCAUGUAUAUAUUAACAUUUAUUUCACAUUUUCUAAACAAAUAAUUUUAAUGCCAAUUGGUCUAACAUUGAAUAUUGAACAAUAUAUGAUUUAUAAAGAUAGAAUGUAAUAAUUAUGAGGAGAUAUCAAAUAUUUGUGUAUUCUUAAUACUACUAAUUGAAAUAUGAAUAUAAUUAAUGAUGUAUUUUUUUAAUGACAUAUUUAAAGGAGAAACUGCUAUAUGUACUGCUUGCUACAGGGAAAUCACUGAGGGCAGAUGAUCCAAUGUAUAGUAUAUUAGCAUGUUUUUACCUUCACCAUUCUGUGAUAUAAAGAUUUGAAACAGACCGUGUUUAGAAGUCCCCACCCGGAAUGAGACUACUGUAUUUCUUUGCAGUCAGUUUCUUCCCAUGUAGUUACAUUACAAACCGAUUUUGUAAGUCAUUUUUGUUAAAUGAUCAUAUGCUUAUGUAUAUGAUCAACGGAUGGAUUUUGGAUAUUACCCAAACUUGUCAGUCCAGCAACACGAUUGACUGUUUUUAGUUGAUGCUUUUUGUAAGACAGCUACCCAAAGACAUGAAAAGAGCUUGAAUUCCAAAAGUUCAUAGUAAAACAACAACUUAUCCUGAAAGUAUAUUUUAAAAACAAAAUGUACUUUCAAAAAGCUUUAUAUGAUAUAUAUUGUUUUUAUAUUUUAAAAAAUCUCCAGAUUUAUCAUUUACUUAAAUGUAGAUGGUACUUGGGAACCAAAAAAAUAGAAAAAUUAUAAUAAAAAAAAAAAAAGAAAAAAAAAAAAAGCUUGGACGAGCAAAACCAUAGUCACGCCUGCUGGGUCCAAGCUCCCAAACUUGCCAGUCGGUGGUACAUCUGAUACCUCAGAUGAUCCGAAUGUGCACACGCAGCCUGGCAGCUAAGUUAAAUGGCUGCAAGUGCAGUGAUGUCUAUUGAAGGAGAGCCCCCGUCCAUUCUGUCUGGACGACCCAGUUGUAUUUUACAAGUCUUUUAUAAGUAAAGCAGAUCGAUAAUUUUAUAUACUAUUGUUUUUGUGUGGCACUUUUUAACUAUAUUAAAUUCAUUUAGUGCAGAUGUUUUAACCCUGAAACUACUAUUAGACUAUUGUUAAUUUAAAAUUCAUAGAAAAAACUACAUGUAGUUUCUUCCAAAUUACUGUAUCUAAAUCAGAUUCUUAUUAUAAUUAUGUUUUUAACAGUCACAUUUUUAACUAGAAUCAAAUAUAUACGAACAUAACCACUAUUAUAUAUAUUAUUGUACAUUGUGCCCAUAUAUUAUCUGUAUUUAAAAUACAGAUGUGACGUCAUCCUUUGAUGUUGAUGUAUCCUUAUUUCAAAUAAUGGUACAGGCAAUGUGCCAAGGGUACAUUAUUUAUACUAGUUAAAAUUUUGGACCCAUGUGACGUAUUUCAUUGCAAAGCACGUGCGAGUGUCUGUAUUUUAAGUUGUUUAAUGGUCUAGAGCUUAAGACAUUGCGUAAUAUAUUGAAACAACAACUUGUGACUAUGUCACUCGUGUUGUUUCACUAUAUUAUUUAAUUUUUAGCUUUCGACCAUUAAACCACCCAUAAUUAUGUACUAAUAGCAGUAUUAUAUCUAUAGAUUCUUACAUACAAUUACUAGAAUUUCAUUAUGAUAUCCUGACUAAAUUUAUGAAUAAAGAAAAGUACAAUUAUAAUAAUGAUAAAAUAUAUGACAUAGAUAGAUAAUGGCAAACCAUUACUAUAUAUAUUAUAUAUAUGACUGGCACAAUGUACAAUUCUAGGACUUUUGAGUUAUUCUGUGCACUACACUAUUGUUUAUUACUGUACAUAUGUAUAUACUAAAAUUGUUAUGGGCAGAUCUACAUGUCCUUUAUAUUAUGUGUUGUUUAUAAAUAUGAAAACAGUUGGCUGUGAGCUCAAGUGCUUAUUGAGUCUUAGAAUUCUAGAAUACGUUGAUAACAUAAAUUUUGUAUUUUAAAAAUACUUUCUGCUUUACUUACACCUGACUUUGUAUUGGACACCAUUAAAAUUAUUGAAAAUGCA